AUGGCUAUCCCUAUGCCAGGCUCGCCUUCGUCGUCAUGGCCCGUGUUUCGUGAGCGUCUGAAGCAAACGUUCAGAGGCGCAGACCCUAGAGUCUGUAUGGCUUUCUGGCUUUUUGGUUUGAUCAACAAUGUCCUCUACGUUAUCAUCUUGACUGCGGCUCUUGACCUCGUGGGACCGGGUAUCCCCAAGGGCGUGGUGCUUCUCGCCGAUGUCAUUCCUUCUUUCCUCACCAAGUUACUGGCGCCUUACUUCAUCCACGCCGUUCCUUAUUCUAUCCGAAUCCUGAUCUUCGUGGGCUUGUCUGCAGCCGGAAUGCUGUUGAUUGCGUUGACGCCGAGUUACAUCGAUGGUGGGACAAUAUCUACCAAGAUGGCAGGUGUAAUACUGGCGUCUUUGAGUAGUGGUGGUGGUGAGCUGAGCUUUGUGGGCUUAGUCCACUACUAUGGACCAUUUUCCCUGGCGGCUUGGGGCAGUGGAACCGGAGGUGCUGGCCUGAUCGGUGCUGGCGCAUAUGCUCUAGCAACAACAUCCUUCGGCCUGAGCGUCAAGGCAACAAUACUCGCAUCCGCCUGCUUGCCAGCAGUCAUGCUGGUGAGCUUCUUCCUCAUUUUACCACUUGAGCCAAUUCGAUCGCAUGCCAAGAGCAAACAAGUCAAUAUCAACAACGUAAGAACAAACGAUGCCGACGACAUCGAGAGUGAACAGAGAGAAGGACUGCUGUCAGAGACUGCCUCCCUCGGGGAAGGAUUCAUUUCUUACGACAAGGGGACAUCUGCCUGGAGUGUGUUCGAGCACAACUUGAUCAGGGCAAAAGGACUCUUUUUCCCAUUCAUGCUGCCUCUUCUGUUAGUGUAUGUGGCAGAGUAUACGAUCAACCAGGGCGUCUCUCCAACAUUGUUGUUCCCACUGAAGGAGACACCUUUCAAACAUUUCAGAGCCUUUUACCCUACGUACAAUGCGAUCUAUCAAGCCGGGGUCUUCAUUUCAAGAUCAUCAACCCCAUUUUUACGGAUCCACAAUCUAUACCUCCCCUCUUGCCUACAAGUGGUCAACCUGGCAGUCCUGACGUUCCACGCGCUAUAUGAUUUCAUCCCCAGCGUCUAUAUCGUGUUCACCAUCAUCUUCUGGGAAGGCCUGCUGGGGGGAUUGGUGUAUGUAAACACAUUUGCGGAAAUUAGUGAUACCGUCCCCAAGGAAGACCGAGAAUUCUCCCUUUCGGCAACGACCGUGAGCGAUUCAGGUGGGAUUUGCAUUGCCGGGUUUAUUAGCAUGGUGUUUGAGGUCUGGUUGUGUAAAUGGCAAGUUAAAAUGGGUAGGGAUUUCUGCAAACAGCUGUGA